AUGAACGUGUAUUUCUUCAGUGAUAUACACUGUAACAGUGUGUUCAUACACUUGAGCAACAGUAGGCAGUUUAACUGUUUUCUCGUCUUAAUAUAUUUACAGAACCAAAAAACAUGUCCCUCAGGAAUACACCCUAAUGGUGAUGACUACACCAGGGAUUUAUCUGUGAAGGAUUUCCUGCAAGUUCCUCUUGAAGAAACUGACCUUCCAGGACAAGGAGAAUCGUUCCAAGUAGAAGAGCUAAUACCUCCUAUUCCUCAAAACUCACUGGGAUGUGACUUUGAUUCAGGUAGAGCUGAGUCUACUGAGAAUGUCUUACCCAGAACAGUAUCUGUCCGUCAGCAUUUAAAGAAACAUUUUAAUAGUCAAAGUGAAUUUGAUCCCGUGGAGGAUUUUGAAGCCAGUCAUUUGGCAGGGCAGUCUUUUGAACUGGAAAGAAUCGGAUAUGUUGAAAACCCAACUGCCAACAUGCAUGUGCUUGAAAAUGUAGAGCAAAAUGUCUGUCGAUGGAACAAGCACCAAAUUAACUUCUCACCAAGGCUGAUUCAGCCAGAAAAGUUUACUAAAUCAGAAGUCAUUUUAGAGUCCAAACCUGAGCACACUAAAAGUAAAUAUAAAAAUGCACAAAGAAGAAAAAGAGAAGAGAAAAGAAAAGCUAACAGAAGGAGAAAGUCAAAACCUAUAUUGAAGCAUAAAGGGAAGAAAAGUAAAAAUAAACAAACUGUUUCACCCCCAAAACUGGGUGAAUCUGUCAGUUCCUGUGAUGCUUACAAUUUUAAUUUGGAAGAGGGGGUUCACCUUACUCCUUUCCGACAGAAACCAAGCAUUGAUUCUAAUAGAGAAGAAAACAGCAGCAGAUCUGAGGUGAGCAUCUGUGAAUCCAGCGGCUCUGGAGAUGAUUCCGAUGACCUCUAUCUGCCCCCUUGCAAGUACACGCAAAGCCUUACCCGCAGAUCAGACCAGAGACCUGUCACCAGACCUCGAUCUAAGAGAGCACUAAAUUACACACCUGAAAAAGAGGCAGAAGAGUCUCAGCCAACAAAAACCCCUACCAGUGGACCUCCUGAGGCUCACCAGUCACCUCAUUGUAGUCUGAAGGAUAUCACCAAUGUCCCCUCGUAUCCUGCAGUGAAAAUCAGGAGACUUUCUCUUUCUCCAAAAAGGAAUAAAGAAAGCACAACAUCUCUGCCUAAGCGCAGAUGCACAACCAUCGUGAACUAUAAGGAACCAACACUAGCUUCGAAGCUAAGAAGAGGGGACCCUUUUACAGAUUUGUGUUUCUUGAAUUCUCCUAUUUUCAAGCAGAAAAAGGACCGGAGACAUUCCAAAAAAAGUACACAGCAAGUGCAAUGAAUCUUGGAUGCUAUUUACAUUUAUCCUACACCUUUUUUUAUUGCUCUGUUGAAAAUGUGAGGCCAUACACAAGUGGAUGGAUACUGCCAUAGGAUACUCGGUGGUGGGACCUAGACUGUGAAUGUUUCUUCAGAACUACACUUUAAUCUUCAUGCUGCCUAGACCUCUACGUUUUAUUCAUAAUGUAUCUUGGCACCAAUAUCUUGAAAAUUACAUAAUCUUCUGGCAUCUUUUUAUUUACAUUUUUCCAAUAACUAGGGCUACUAGAAAUGAAGAACUUCUUAAGACAUGAUGAAAAUGUUUUGAAAUUCGUAUCAUUUUUGAGUAAAGUAGAUUCCUUGUCAUUCACAGCAAGACACACCGUAAGUUGUGGAUUCCUUAUGCCAAAUUUGGGUUUGGGGGCAGGUUUUGUUUUGUUUUUUGAAAUAGGGUCUUCCUAUGUGGUCCAGGCUGGUCUCAGCCUCCCCCAGGUGCUGGAAUAGCAGGAUGCACCACUGUGCCCAAGCAAUGUUAACUCCUCAGGAAAUGUGUAUGGGACCGUGAUUAAAAAAUCAGGGACUAGGUGAUAAGUUACGAACCCCACUUCAUAUUGUUCAGUGAUUCCUCAAUAAAAUCAUGUUAUUGUGGGGGUGGGAGGGUUAGCAUAGCUCCUUAGUGAAUUUAUUUAACUCCUUCCUCUUAACACUUGGUGUCAAAAGUGUAAAUAGUGAGAGCUUUUAUCUAUUUCUGAUCAGUGAGAGGUAAUUAGUUCAGUUCAGAAAGCCUGACAUCAAUCUAUACUUGUAUAUACCUAUUUAAACUUAAAUCACUGGUGGUCCAUUUUUAAAGAACAAUAAAAUUUGUCAAAGAUACCACUUGUGUAUUCCUUCUGUUCCUUAAAUAUCAGGUAGAGUAUCUGGUUGUCUUACUUUCUGAUCUUCAAUAUUCUCAUCCUUGGACCUUUCCUCUCCCCUCCCCUUGCUAUUCUCUUGUCACAACCAAGAAACUCUUAGCUUCCCUUCCACACUAACAUUUCUCUUUUCGAACUUCUCAUUGUAUAGUGUCCAGGUCAAAAACAGAAACUUUAAUUUAGAGCUGGGGUUAUAGCUCAGUGGUGGAGAGCUUGCCUGCAAGACCCCAG